GGAUCCGCCGCCGCGAUGCCGCUCCACACACUUCUCCUCCUGUGCGUCUCGCUCGCGGGUUUCGCCUCCGCGCAGCCGGACAGCUCCGGGUUGUUCUACGCGCUGAGGUCCGACCUGUCCGAGGACGCGAUCCUGGUGGCCAACAACGGAGUGCGCGUGGCUUUCGGGAGAUCCGUGUUCAUCGACCCCAUCAACGAUCUGGUGAUCCAGACGCAGCCGGGGGAUCGAUGCAGCAUCACGGUCCUGGACAACGACCCGCUCUCGCAGAGACCCGGGCAUCUCUCCCCCAAAAAGUUUCUGUGUGAUUUCGGUCCCAACGACGUGACGUACUCACACUACGGCUCCAGGAGUCCGGCGAAAGACCGAGUGCGGCUGCAGCUCAGGUACGACGCGCCCACGGAGACCGUUAUCAUCCCCUUCAUGAUGGAGGUGGAAGUAGUUUUUACGCAGCUGGAGUUACUCACCAAAAACAUGCCCCUCACCGUGGACAACCUGAGGGGCAUCAGCCACCCCAUUGAUAAAAAGACUCUGGAGUUCACCUAUGACAGAGAAUCUCAUAGAUGUGAGGUGGCCUCCCUGUCCAGCGGCAGCGCUCUGCCCAGGUAUGGACGACUCAUCGACGGGGGGAAACUUUCCAAAAUGAUGGACUGUGAUGAAUUCACCCAGGCGGACAUCCGCUACGAGCACACGUUUGAGCGCCAGUCCCCCAACAGGGACUACGUGCCCAUGGUGGUGGAGCUGCACGAUAAAGAGGGCAACCUGGAGAAGCAGGAGUAUUUCCAUCUCAUGAUACGCAUCAAACAAGGGGAGGAGAACACCCCCCCCAAGCCCAGCUUCGUGUCCAUGAUGAUGAUGGAGGUGAGUCAGUUUGUCAUGACCGCCCUCACCCCGGAUAUGCUCGCCGCCGACGAUGCAGAGUCAGACCCGGAUGAGCUUAUCUUCAACAUCACCUCCCCGUUAUCGUAUGAGGAGGGAUACAUAGUCAGCACCGACGACAGGAACCUCCCCAUCACCUCCUUCUACCAGAGGGACCUGCGCGAUCUGAAAAUUGCCUACAAGCCCCCGUCCCUGGACUCGGAGACGGAGAGGAUUUUCCAGCUUGAGUUUGAGGUGGUGGACACGGACGGGGCCGUGUCGGACCCCUUCGCCUUCAUGAUCGUGGUGAAGCCCAUGAAUUCCUUGGCCCCCGUGGUGACACGCAACACGGGCCAGCUGCUGUACGAGGGCCAGUCCCGGGCCCUCUUCACCAGCCACAACUUGGAGAUCGCCGACGAGGACGACCUGGACGCGGUCACCAUCACCGUGGUGGACGGGCUGCGGCACGGAGACCUCACGGUUCUGGGCUCUCUCAGCAAGUUCUUCACCCCCACUGAUCUCACCACGGGAGUUGUGGUGUACCAGCACGACGGGAGCGACACGUACAGCGACAACAUUGUCUUCAAGAUGUCGGACGGGAAAAACGAGGUCGAAUUCCUUUUCCCCAUCACAGUCGUUCCCACUGAUGACGAGCCACCGAUUAUAAAUGCCAACACGGGCCUGGUGCUCUUCAAGAACCAGAUGAUGCUGAUUUCUCCCCUCAUGCUAAGUGCUGCUGAUAUUGACUCUGAGGACUCAACUAUUAAGUUCACCAUCGUCGCUCCCUUCUCCACAAUCGGCACAGUGUUCCUCAGACAGUCCGACGCCCCCGAGGAUCCCUCGUCCUGGAAGUUCAACGCCGAAGAUGAGGUUUACGAAAAGGAGGUGACCGAGUGGCUCCAGAAAGACAUAACUGACGGGAAGUUGUUCUACAAGCACACAGGCCCUCACAACACAGACACCAUCAUGGAUCAGUUCGUGUUCACGGUGCAGGAUGACAACGACCCCCCUAAUGAGUCAGGGCAAAAUGCUUUCAUGAUCCGAGUGUUGCCCAUCGAUGACGUCCCCCCGGUGCUGUUCCCCGGCACCACCAUUCAGAUGACGGUUCAGGAGUACAAGCUCACGCACUUCAGCAAGGAAGUUCUGCGCUACACCGAUUUAGACUCUGAGGACCGUGACCUGAAAUACACAGUUAUCCAGCCGCCGACAGACACGGACGAAAAUAACCCUGUUGGGUUCGGAUCCCUGGUUCUGACAGAGAGCCCAGACACCGAGGUCACAGAGUUCACGCAGGCUCAACUCAAUCAUCACAAGCUGUCCUACGACCCGCCGGAUGUGGAGCUGGGGAUCACAGCUCACGUGGUGCAGUUCCGUUACACCGUGGAAGACACAGCGGGGAACAGCGUGGAGGGGGCGUUCACUAUCUACCUGCAGCCCGUCAACAACAAACCCCCCGAGAUCACAAACACCGGCUUCACUGUGUUUGAACGUGGCAUGCACAUCAUCACCCUCGCUGAGCUGGACGCCGCAGACCUGGACACAGAGAGUGAACAGAUUACCUUCACUCUCAGCCAGCUGCCCAAACACGGCCAGGUCCAGGUGGCAUUCAGCGACUUGGAGAAAAAAGGGCUUUUCCGACUUGAGGACGUCUCAGAGGAGAAGAUAUCGUACAUUCACGGCGGGGAGGAGACGGUGAGCGAUGACUUUCAGCUGGACGUGAGCGACGGGUUCCAUGUUGUAACCGUGACGGUCAAAGUGAACGUGAGGCCCGUGGAUGAUGAGACUCCCACCAUCAGUCUGCCCGCGGGAACCAUCGGGUCUCACAUGGACGUGCUGGAAAACGGAGCCACAGAAAUCACCACUAACGUCAUCCAAGGCCACGAUGACGACACCGAUGACCUGGAGCUGACGUUCAUCGUGGAGGAUGCUCCACUGAUGGGCGAUAUACUGGUUAAAGGAGUGCCUGCCACCAGGUUUACACAGGCUGACAUCAUUAACGGUGUGGUGGUGUACGCACACACCAGCGGGGAGAUAGGCCUCGCAUCCCAGCACGACGGCUUCAAUCUGACUCUCACAGACAUGUCUGAUGAUUGGACGGUUGGUGGGAAUAAGGUCAACGGGGUCCACGUUCGAGUUACUAUUCUUCCCGUUGACAGCCAGGCCCCUGAGGUCGGAGUUGGGAUUCAAUUUAGUGUCCUGGAAGGGGAGAAGUACGCCAUCGGCCCCGAGCACUUGGAUGCAGACGAUAAUGACACUCCGACAGAUGAUAUCCUUUGCACCAUCAUUGUCCAGCCGACCACCGGCUAUGUGGAAAAUAUAUCACCGGCCCCGGGCUCAGAAAAAUCCAGAUCAGGGACUGCUAUCAGUGCUUUCACCGUCAGAGAUAUCAGAGAGAGGAACGUCUACUAUGUGCAGAGUAUCCACAAAGGAGUGGAGCCGGUGGAGGACAGGUUCACGUUCAGGUGCUCGGACGGCAUCAAUUUCUCAGAGAAUCUCUUCUUCCCUAUAAUUAUCAUCCCUGCAAAUGAUGAGAAGCCAGAGAUUUAUCUGAGAGAAAUAGUCGUCAUGGAGGGAAUGAACAUCGUCAUCGACACCCCCAUUCUGAACGGUGCGGAUGCCGAUGUUCCACCUGAGGAGCUGAUGUUCAUCAUCUCCAAACCGCCCAAACACGGCGUCAUCCUGAACCAGCUCCCCACGGGCUCGGUCCUGGUGACUAAUUUCACUUUGGAGCAGAUUAGGGAGGCGUCGAGCAUUAUUUAUGAGCACGAUGACUCAGAGACAACAGAGGACAGCUUUGAUGUGACUCUGACUGACGGAAAGUACUCUGUGCAGAAAACUGCCGUGGUCAUGAUUAUUGCAGUGGAUGACGAGACGCCCAGAAUGCUCAUUAACGACGGCCUGGAGGUGGAGAUCGGUGAAACCAAAGAGAUCAACAACAAAGCGCUGAAAGCGACAGACUUGGACUCAGACGAUAGUUCCCUCGCGUACAUCAUCCGCUUCGGGCCGGGUCAAGGUCUCCUGCAGAGGAAAACUCCCUCUGGGGCUUUGGAGAACAUCACACUGGGGAUGAACUUCACUCAAGCUGAUCUCGAUGCCGGGCUCUUGAUCUACACACACAGCGGACAGGAGGGCAUCCGAGACCUGGUGAAGUUUGACGUCACAGACGGAAUGAACCCGCUAAUCGACCGUUACUUCUACAUCACUGUGGGCAGCAUCGACAUGGUGUUCCCUGAUGUUGUCAGUAAAGGUGUGUCCCUGAGGGAAGGUGGCAGAGUGACCUUGACCACAGAUCUUCUCAGCACCACCGACCUCAACAGCCCGGAUGAGCACUUGGUCUUCACGGUGACGAGGGCCCCUGUGAGGGGCCACUUGGAGUGCACGGACACUCCCGGGAUGCCCAUCGUGUCUUUCACUCAACUGCAACUGGCCGGCAGUAAGGUCUACUACAUCCACACCUCAGACGACGAGGUGAAGAUGGACAGCUUCGAGUUUGAAGUCACUGACGGCUACAAUCCCAUCUUCAGGACAUUCAGAAUCUCCAUCGUGGAUGUUGACAACAAGAAGCCCGUCGUGACUGUAAAUAGUCUGUUUGUCACCGAGGGGCAGGUUAAGCUGAUUACACCGUUUGAGCUCACGGCUGAGGACCAGGACACGUCUGAGAAGAUGCUGAGAUUCACCGUCACCCAGCUGCCUGUUCACGGUAAACUCCUCUACAACCAGUCCACGCCCGUCACCAGCUUCACAAAACAAAACCUGAACGAAAACCUCAUCAGCUACAAACACGACGGCACGGAAUCAUCAGAGGACUCCUUCUCCUUCACUGUCACCGACGGCACGCACACCGACUUUUAUGUUUUCCCCAACACUGUGUUCGAGACUCGGCACCCUCAAACCAUGAAGAUCACCAUUGUGUCGCUGGACAACGGCGUCCCUCAGAUCGUGGUGAAUAAAGGCUCCCCCACUUUGAAGAUCUUGACCACGGGUCACCUGGGGUUCCCCAUCAGCUCCAAAGUGCUGAGGGCAGAGGACAGAGACAGCAGCCCGGUGUCCCUGGUGUUCCACGUCACCACCGCGCCCAAACACGGGUACAUCAUCAACCUGGGACAUGGAAACAACUCCAUCAACACGUUUACUCAAGCUGAUGUCGAUGACCUGAACAUCUGCUACGUGUUGCGGAACGAAGAUAACGCCACAUCCGACCUCUUCCACUUCUCUGUUGAGGACAACGGUGGUAACAAGCUGAAGGGACAGAAGUUCCGUCUGGACUGGUCCUGGAUCUCCCUGGAGAGAGAAUACUACGUGGUGGACGAGGAGGACAAGUAUCUGGAGGUGGUGCUCAGACGGAGAGGCUACCUGGGAGAGACGUCGUUCAUCGGCAUCGGCACCCAGGACGGCAGCGCAAAGAAGGACGAGGAUUUCAAGGGUAAGUCCCAGAGGCAGGUCCAGUUCAACCCGGGGCAGACCAGAGCCACGUGGCGGGUCCGGAUCCUCACUGACGGGAAGUACGAGCAGGCGGAGACCUUCCAGAUUUUGCUUUCCGAGCCGGUGAUGGCAGUGAUGGAGUUCCCCCCCACAGCGACAGUGGAGAUCCUGGACCCCAGCGACGAGUCGACUGUGUUCUUCCCCGAGCAGACCCACUCGGUGCAGGAGGACGUCGGGGAGCUUUUCAUCCCGGUGCACCGCAGCGGAGACAUCAGCCAGGAGCUCAUGGUGGUCUGCUACACACAGCAGGGAUCUGCCUCGGGAACGAUCCCCACCACCGUCCUGUCCUACUCAGACUACAUCUCCCGUCCUGAGGAGCACGGCAGCAUCCUCCGCUUCGACAAGGGCGAGCGGGAGAAGCAGUGUCGCGUGAUGAUCAUCGACGACUCUCUGUACGAGGGAGACGAGAGCUUCAAUGUCACGCUGUCGCUGCCCGUCGGGGGACGACUGGGAAAGCACUACCCCACCGCCAGGGUCAACAUCUUGGAGGACAUGGACGACGGGCCCUUCUCCGGAGCGCAGCUGAGAAUGCUCCAUAAACUGUGUUUAAAGGUGCAGUGGCACACGGAUGUCUACAAACAUGCACAUGUGACAUUGAGUUCCGACAGGGGGGACAAGGAGCAUGUGGUGGAGGUGGAGGUUCUGUUCGACGGCAUCAGAGAGAUGAGGGAAGCCUUCACUCUCCACCUGAAGCCUGAUGAGAACAUGGUGGCUGAAACUCAGGUUACUAAAGUCAUCGUGUACAUCGAGGAGACCAACAGCAUGGCUGACGUCACCUUCCCCUCCUUGCCUCAUGUGGUGUCUCUCCUCCAUUACGACCACGUCGCCAGGACACCAGACAACCUCCGCCCACCAGCCGGCUACCCUGUCAUCUGUGUGACAGCGUGCAACACCAAGUACCCAGACUACGACAAGACGGGCUCGAUCUGUGUCAGCGAGCACAUCAACAACACCUUGACCCGCUACCGCUGGCUCAUCAGCGCUCCGGCCGGCCCGGACGGCGUCACCAGCCCCAUGAGGGAGGUGGACUUCGACACCUUCUUCACCUCCUCCAAGAGGAUCACGCUGGACUCGGUCUACUUCCAGGCAGGCUCCCGGGUCCAGUGCGCUGCCAGGGCUGUGAAUUCGAAUGGGGACGAGGGUUUGGAGCUCAGCAGCCCCAUCGCCGCUGUCAGCCAGGAGGAAGGAAUGUGUCAACCACGUAAGAUGGGGACCGUUGGCGCCGAGCCCUUCUCCGCCAAGCUGCGCUACACGGGCACAGACGACCCGCAGCACCCCAACCUCAUCAAAGUGACUGUCACCAUGCCUCACAUCGAUGGCAUGCUUCCGGUCAUCUCCACCCGGCCGCUCAUGAACUUUGACCUGACCCUCAGCCCCGACGGAACUCGCGUCGGCAACCACCGCUGCUCCAACCUGCUCGACCACAGCGAGGUCACCACCGGCCACGGCUUCAUCACCGCCUCCACGGGCAGCCCCGAGAGCAUGGGAGACAUGGCGCCCUACCAGUUCAGCGGCGCCCUGCGGGGGAACGGCACGCUGCGCUUCUACAGGAACCUCAACCUGGAGGCCUGUCUCUGGGAGUUCACCAGCUACUACCACAUGUCCGAGCUGCUCACCGACUGCGGAGGCACCAUAGGGACUGAUGGACAGGUGCUGAACCUGGUCCAGUCCUACGUGACCCUGCGUGUGCCUCUCUACGUGUCCUACGUGUUCCACUCGCCCGUGGGAACCGGCGGCUGGCAGCACUUCGACCUGCAGUCCGAGCUGCGUCUUACGUUUGUGUACGACACAGCCAUUCUGUGGAAGGACGGCAUCGGCAGCCCCCCGCAGGCCGAUCUGCAGGGUGCGUUGUACCCGACCAGCAUGCGGAUCAAUGAGCAGGGGCGUUUGGUGGUGAACUUCCGCACCAAGGCUCGUUUCAGGGGUCUGUUCGUGGAGUCUCACUCUGGAGGCAGGAUCAAAAGAGCUGGAGCCUCCACGUCCUCCAUGGUGAUGAGUGUGGACCACCCCGGCCUGACCUUCAACCUCACAUUAGUGAGGAGUGAGCCCACCUACAACCAGCCCGUCCAGCAGUGGACCUUCACAUCAGACUUUGCUGUGAGAGACUACUCCGGGACCUUCACGGUGAAGCUGAUCCCCUGUACCACAGCACAGAACAUGGAGUACACUGUUCCACCGGUUUGCAGUCCCAGAGAACCCGUCACCUUCGACCUCGACAUCAGGUUCCAGCAAGUGAGCGACCCGGUUGCAGUAGAAUUCAGUUUGAACACUCAGUUGUUCCUGUUGUCUAAGAGGAGUCUGUGGCUCUCCGAUGGCUCCACAGGUUUCGGUCAGGAGAGCGACGUGGCCUUUUCCGAGGGUGAUACGAUCUAUGGCCGUGUGAUGGUCGACCCCGUGCAGAACCUGGGAGACUCUUUCUUCUGCAGCAUAGAGAAGGUUUUCCUCUGCACCGGUGCUGAUGGAUACGUCCCAAAGUACAAUCCCACCAAGUUUGAAUUUGGCUGCCUGGCUGACUCUCCAUCGCUGCUCUAUAGAUUCAAGAUUCUUGACAAGGCUCAGCCGGAGACUCAGGCCCGAGUGUUUGGUGACGUGAGUUUUAACGCUGCGCUGGCAGUGGACGAUCCGUCGGCCAUGUCCCUCGUCAGGCAGCCGGGCUCUGAUGGCUUCAGACUGGACUCCACAGCCAUGUUUCAGGUUGCCGCAGGCCGCGAGUGGUUCAUUCACACCAUCUACACAGUCCGAUCCAAAGAGAGCGCUAACAGAGGGAUCGGGAAGCGCAGCCUCGAGUACCACUCCAUGGUUUCCUCCAGCAGCGACCUGACCUCGAGUGUCAAAGGUCACCGCUCCAGGAGGUCAGCCGGCGAUGAGGUCCCAGAGGUCGCCGAGGAUAUCGGAGCCGACGACAACCGCGGCACCAACAUCAUGCACAUGGCUUUGGACCGCACCAAGCGGCGGGCGGCGGGGCUGAGCGAGAUGUUCGCCAACGGGCUGGAACCCAGUGAGCUGAACGCAGAGGAGGAAGAGGAGGGUCUGGUGACUGUGGUGGGGGCGCUGGUGGGCGUUCUGCUGACCGCACUCGUCGUGGUCUGCGUCGUGCUCGUGCUGCGAUCCAGACAGAAGGACGUGAAGGAGGGGUGGAGGGAGGGGGUGCAGGAGGUGGUGAAGGGGUCUGUGAGCACGGAGCCCAUGCUGGUGGUGAGGAUGCAGGACUGCCACAACAGCUCAGAGGUCUGAGCAGCGGACAGAUGGACAAAGGGAUGAGGGAGCUUUUAUAAAAACUUUGGGAUUUUCUUUUCUUUUCAUUUUUUUAAUUGAUAUAAAAUGUCUUUCAUAACACCAAAAAUCUGAUGAGAGGGAUCAUAUGCGUUAUUGGGUGUGAGUGUGCGCGUGUCUGCUUGUGGGGGGGGUUUCUACAGUAUAUUGGUUCCCUUAUGCACCUGGAUUCCAGCACAGAAACCAGUCCCACACACUUUACUUCACAUUCCAGCUCGUACUUGUCGUGGUAGCGUCAGGUUUCCAUUCUCUCUCCAACCGGCUUUGAGGUGUCAAAGUGCCUGAAGCAGCCAAGUCCCUUCAGGACGGGGUGAGUCACAGAGAGCAGCUCGUGUCACACAGCCACAGAUGUGACGUGGCAGGUGAA